CGAUUGUGACUACAGGUAGUCUUGAAUUCGAGGCCUUUCUGCUGCUUCCGGUGAACGCAUUGUCAACGGAAUACUUCAUUCCUUCGUACCGACCAUAUUCUACCAAUACGUAUAUGUCCCAAUUCUUAAUCGUUGCCACCGAAACUGACACGACAGUGGAUAUUGAAUUUCCCUCUACAUUUACACCAUGGGCAAAAGGCCGCAUUAAGAUUGAAUUGCAAAAGUAUCAAACAUAUCUGUUUCAAAACCGAAUGGACACCACUGGAACACUUGUCACUAGUGAUAAACCAGUUUCUGUCUUCGCCGGUAAUUCCUAUGGUGCAGUGCCUGUCAACGGCACAGGCUAUGGAUAUAUGGUUGAGCAAGUCCUACCAACCAGGUUUUAUGACUUCAAGUUCAUAGUUCCUGCAAAUAGCCCAGGCGACGACUACUACAUCCGCAUUUUCUCCAUUUAUGAUGACACGAGAGUGAACAUGUACAAUUCAACUACUCAUGACUCCCACUUCCUGAAAAGGCUUGAACAAUAUGAGCGCCAUUUCAUGGCGGAACCGACCGUGUUGCUAGCUGAUAAGCCCAUUUAUGUGAUGAUUUACUCAACUAGCAAUUUCAUGAUGACUGCGCAGGCCAUGUCACAGUUUCAGUCUGAGUAUGAAUUCACCCUUCAAGGCAGAUAUAAUCCUAACAUCAUUGCUGUAACUAUCAAGACAGCAGAAAUCAGUGAACUAUAUCUUGACGGCAACAAAGUUACCAUAGACAACCCCAAAGUCACCCAGGUCGCAUCCCCUCUGCAUGACUACAGUGUCCUAUACAUACCAAUCACUGAAGCAACAAUUCACCGAAUCCAUCACUCUAGGCAGCGACAGUUUGGAGCAGUACUGUACGGUACAAAUCAGUAUGCGUACGGAAUGCCUCUUCAGAUGACGCUGACAGAUAUUGGAUGUUACCUGAUCAAUGGCACGAACAGUACGUUCGACCCAGGACAAGGGUCUCACCAUGGGUCUCAAAUCGACUACCAAGCUUCUGGUAAUGGUGUUCACUGCUUCAAUUGUGACGAUAUGACACACCUCAAGUAUUGCGACAGGGUGACAACAUGUAGGGAAAACGAGGUUUGCUACGUCCAGAGCUACUCAAAGGGUCUCGACACCAUUCGCUACAAGUCUGGCUGCACAGAUAAGCUAGUAAUUGAUUUAAUAAAUACCUAG